AUGGUGGGCAAGAAAUCAGGGGCCAGCGGGGAAAUGCUAAGGAAAGAGGGACUGGCGAGAUUCAACAACAACAUGGGCCUUACGAGCUGGCCACAAGUUCCUCCUAUUAAUCAGAAGAAUUACUACACAGAGUACCUAAAGCGAGACGAUCAAAUCCUCGCCUACCGACUUCAAAAUGAAGAGAACCGCAAUCGCAUGACCAAAAGCGCCAAGGAUAGAGAUAGAGCACUUGCAAUGGCGAAAACCGAGCUUCCCUUACCAGAACCCGAGCUAGACGCAGACGGAGACACCGGGGAAGGCGCAAAUGGGGAGUCCGCUGAGGAGCUGGUGGGCUCCAAAACUAUCGUUAUGCAUGUGGGAAGCCAGAACCUACGAAUCGGUCUCGCAAGCGAUGCGUUGCCCAAAACCACGCCUAUGGUCAUCGCGCGGAAGUCCCAUGAAAACGAAGCCGAAGAGGGUGGUGGUGAGCCUAAGCCGAAACGGUUGAAGCUUGAUGGUGGACAGUUUAUGGAGCCGGAGAAGAUGUUUGGUCCAGAAUUUGCGUCACAAUACACCACGAUGUCCGCGGAACUCAAAGCGCAUAUGCGCGCAAACAAAAGGAGAACACUCCCGAACUCGAAAGAAAUGGUGGUCAAUUAUAAUCGCCGAACCGUUCCUGAAACCAUUUCCGAGCAUAAUGACCCAAUGCGUAUCGAAUGGACGGAAAUCCCCUCUGACCCGGAGGAAGCUCCUGAGUACCUGACUGGGGAAGCUGCCCUCAGAAUACCCGACUAUUCCAAACCUCGAUAUAAGCUUUUUUGGCCGAUCAGACAUGGGUGGCUUAACGAAAGAGAUUAUGAUAAUAAGACUUUAUUGUUCCUCGAUAUCGCACUCAUCCUCGAGGAUGCCAUGAAAACCCAGCUGAACUUGACCGGCAAAAAGGAUUGGAGUCAGUACUCGUGCGUGUUCGUAAUUCCCGACCUCUACGAACGAGCGUACGUUACUCAGAUUUUGGAGAUGCUGAUGCGAGAGUUUGGAUUUGCGCGAGUAUGUUUUGUGCAGGAGAGUCUCUCAGGAACGUUUGGGGCCGGGUAUACUUCAGCCUGCGUGGUAGACAUCGGCGCUCAGAAAACCUCCAUAUGUUGCGUUGAAGAAGGCAUGUGCAUUGAGAAUUCCCGCGUGAAUCUCAAAUAUGGCGGUGCAGAUGUGACGGAGACUUUCAUCAAAAUGAUGCUCUUCGAUCACUUCCCGUACGAUGAGAUCAACCUAAAUCGACGCUAUGACUUCCUGUUGGCUGAAGAGCUGAAGAGGAACGUCUGUACCCUGAAUGAAUCCAACGUUUCCGUCCAUGUGUUUGAUUUCCAUCUCCGAGCCUCCGGCCAGGAUACGCGCAAAUACACAUUCAAAGCCUAUGACGAGGUCAUCCUUGCCCCUAUGGGUUUGUUCCAGCCCGAAAUUUUCGACGUCUCCCAGAAACUAAAAGGUCGGAGAAAGCUGAUCAGCCGCUCAUACGACUUGUACGAUGGACAACCCAACGACCCCGCCUCAGCCGCGCAGUCUGACCUUCUAGCGGCAAUUGCGCCUCCCCUACCAGCUAAUAACACUGGCACCUCGCAGACAAACUUUGCUGAAGUCCAAUCCACACCAAGUCGCUCUCAAGCAAUCAACGCCAUUAGUCGGUUACAAGACCUGGAAGCAACCCCUCGGUCCUCCGUUGCGAGCUCCCCUGCGCCGGACGCAGUCAGCACCCCGCAGCAGGGUGGUUCAGGAACACCAGCCCCAGCGUCGCAGGCGCCAGCGGCAGCCUCCAGCCCUCGUCGACCCACGGUCGAAGAACGUGAUGACGUCCUCCCUAUAUUCCCACUCGACAAUGCCAUCUUCACGGCCAUCAGCGGCUUUGCCCGUGUCGAUGAACGGAAAUUCACUGAUUUUCUAGGAGGCGUGUUGGUAAUUGGUGGUGGGAGUUUGACGUCUGGUUUCCAUUCGUUUCUUGAAGAGCGGAUACAGUUACGGCGGCCGGAGUUUGCUUCGUAUGUUAUGGUUGGUUCGCCGCCACGCGAGUUGGAUCCGCAGGUCGUAGUGUGGAAGGGGGCUAGUGUAUUUGCGAAGUUGGAUGCGACGAAUGAUAGCUGGAUUAGCAGGUUGGAAGUUACUAUAUUCCCCGGCCUUGGUGGCUGUUGCCCGGUGGCAGCAAUGUCAAAAACUAAGGAUGGCCACUCCGGUGAGAGCUAUCACCAGGAGUACAUCGCCUCCCUGCGGUAUCGGAAUGAUCUGCCACCGCCCGAAAUGCCGCCUAAAUUUCUAGAAAUCCCACACGAAGGUCUAGAGCGGUUUCUGACACCGGGGUUUGCGUCGAACAUGGCGCGCCGUGAAGAGCCAAAUAUCGAUGUGGAUGCGGAGGGUGGUAUGCCAAUUGACUUGGUCGGCAUUCCGGGCCUGCAUCUAGGAGAUGAGAGCGCUAUCAUGGCGCCUGAGAAUCCCCUUCCAGUCGACCCCGCCGAUCUCCCACUCCUUAUGACUCUCGACCAACUAAGAAACCCCGCCCCAAAAAACUCAAACGUGAGUUUCUUGCGGCGCACUCAGUACAUUGCUGCUGGUGUUGCUGCGCGAGGGGUUGAUGGAAACCUCAAGGCAGCGCCGCUGAUGGCUCCUAGUUCUGUGAAAUCUUCACCCGCUGCAGCGAAGGCUGCUAAACUCUCCCGUGACGACCCGAUACAUGUCAAGAAAUACAUUCAGAAAGGUUUUGAUAUCGCGUAUCCAGAAAGCAAACAUAAAGGCGAAGACACGCCUAGUAGAAUUAAGGGGUUACCAGCUACCAAAGCAGAAAUCGACGCCUGGGCGAACCCAACACAUCCAGACAAUCCAAAACUAAAACCUGUCGGAUUUUUCCCCAUAAUCCCAGAUCUAGGCGGUUUCCCUGACCCAGGCGGCUUCGUACAAUUCAAAUUCGACAAAGCACCCAUCCAAGCAGCACAGGGACGACGUGAUGAACGCAUGGAUGUCGGAAUCCUUGUACCCUCUGCUCCAGAAGAGCGUGUCUGCCAAGAACAUGCCAGUAAAACCGCUCUACACAAAGCCAAUCCAUCCCUAUAUCCAGAUCCAGGCCCGAUACCCUGGGAUUACGAUCUCUUCCUUCCAGAGAGGCAAGGCACAGCUCCUCAAAUAAAAAACAGCCUGAACGUCUGCAACUCUCACCGCGACGACGCGGAGAACUACACGCACGAAGCUACCGGCUCCGACGAGACGCCGCUAAAAUACCACCGCUACGACCGCAUCCGUACAUACGCCACCAGCUUGCAACAGCUAAACCCCGAACAGAAAUACAAGGACGUUGCCCUCGUGCUCUUCGACCCGGCCGAAGCGGCAGCAGAAGAAUCAACUUACAAAUCCUCCUCCACCACUACCAUACCCCACCGCCUCAAGCAGAAAGCCGCCUACUACUAUCCCAUCCUAGGCAAAACGCGUCUGAAGCCCGAGCGUGCCCGGACAAUCGCGCAGGCGGGCUUGGCGCCCACACGACCGAAGGCCAAGGAGGAGCAGGUGCAUCAGAUUCAGGUCGUUGUGCGGGAUCCAGAUGAGGCGGAGGAGUAUAAGCGGGCGUCGCAUCGGGCACAGGUGGAUUCUAGAUUUGCGAAGACGCUGGCCGCGCCCCCGCCGCCACCUGAGGAGGAGGGUGCCAGCGAGCAGGAUGUGGAUGAGGCAGGCAAGGAUGAAGUGCUCGCGGAGGGGGUGGCGGGUGGGAGAAGGGAGGAAGGCCGGGAUGAGAAUGAUGCGGGGGUUGAUGAGGAAACAGAUGGGGAGAGGAGGCGAGGCAGUGUUGAUGAGGAUGAAGAGAUGGUUGACUCGUGA